AUGGCAAUGCUUGCUCGUAAAGACCUUCUCGGGCCAUACCUUACCCUAGACCAGGGUAAGAAGAUCCAGGCUGAGUACGUUUGGAUCGAUGGUGAUGGUGGGCUGCGUUGCAAGACCUGCACGCUCCCGGGUAUCCCCAAGAGCAUUGACGAGCUCCGUAUCUGGGAUUUCGACGGUUCCUCCACCAACCAGGCACCAGGCAACGACUCGGAUGUCUACCUCCGCCCUGCUGCCAUCUUCCGUGACCCCUUCCGUGGUGGUGACAACAUCCUCGUUCUCGCUGAAUGCUACAACAACGACGGCACCCCGAACAGGACCAACUACCGUCAUCAUGCCAAGAAGGUCAUGGACCAGGCAAAGGAUGAGCACCCCUGGUUCGGUCUCGAGCAGGAGUACACCCUCUUCGACGCUGAUGGAUCCCCUUACGGCUGGCCCAAGGGCGGUUUCCCCGGCCCCCAGGGCCCAUAUUACUGCGGUGUUGGGACUGGCAAGGUGUUCGCCCGUGAUCUGAUCGAGGCACACUACCGUGCAUGCCUAUACGCUGGCGUCAACAUCUCUGGUAUCAACGCCGAGGUCAUGCCCUCCCAGUGGGAGUUCCAGGUCGGGCCUUGCGAAGGAAUCGACAUGGGUGACCAUCUCUGGAUGGCACGUUUCCUGCUCGUCCGCUGUGCUGAGGAGUGGGGCAUCAAGGUUUCCUUCCACCCCAAGCCGCUUAAGGGCGACUGGAACGGCGCAGGGUGCCACUCCAACUUCUCCACCGAAGCUAUGCGCAAGGAGGGCGGCAUGAAGGUCAUCGAGUCUGCUAUCGAGAAGCUUUCCAAGCGGCAUUUGGAGCACAUCGCCGUCUACGGCGAGGACAACGACCUCCGCCUGACUGGCCGUCACGAGACUGGCCAUAUUGGCACCUUCUCCUCCGGCGUUGCCAACCGUGGCGCCUCCAUCCGUAUCCCCCGUGCCGUUGCAGCCAAGGGCUUUGGCUACCUCGAGGAUCGCCGCCCGGCAUCCAACGUCGACCCCUACCGCGUCAGUGCCGCGCUCGUCGAGACUGUGUGCCUCAACGUUGGCGCCAACAAGGCGUGAUUUCCUCCUCCCUCCCUUUCCCGGGCCGUUUAACUAGA